AAUCGAUAUUUAUUGAUUUGACGAUCACAAAGAGACUCAGCGGUCAGUUAACGGGUUCUAUAUAGACAACGGCUCUAAAACUAUCACCCUGGGAUGGCCAAGUGGUUGACAUAAGCAUUCAAAUUGUUUAUUAUUAAUAUUUGUAUAGAUGUGAGGGGCCGCGAUGCAGCAUAGAAGACAAAAUAUCGCUCAGCAGAUCGAGGACACAUUCCUAUGCUGUACGAUUUGUCUACAGCCAUUUGAUCAACCCAAGGCUCUCCAAUGCCUUCACACAUUCUGCGAAAAAUGUCUGGAUGAUUAUUACAAACAACAGUUAUCUCGUAACGUGGGAGCAACGGUGUUUCCGUGUCCAGUCUGCCGACAGGAUAUAACCAUACCACCAAACGGAGUUUCAGGAUUUCCAUAUAACCAUCUAAUUGUUAGUCUGAAAGACGCCGUCCGAACAAGUGCUCGUCCAGACAGCUUCCAUUCAAAUAGAAUUCCAAGUGCGAAUUCCGAGCGGGAAGACCGCCGGCCUAUUUCAACAAGAGCGUCACGGCCAAGCACGAAAUGUUCUGCUCGGUUUGGAAAAUUUGGUGAAAAGGACGCAGAAUUUAGCAAUAUAUCCGGAUUAACGGUUCAUCCGUUGGGCGACAUAGUCGUGGCGGAUUGUGGCAAGAAUGUUAUAACUAUUAUGGGAUUUAAUGGAAUUCCGAAACACAGUUUCACGUGUAAGUGUUAUAUACGAGAUGUCGCAGUCUCGAAAUCCGGAUCUUUGUUGGUGACAGUUAGUCAAUCCGACGCCGCCAUUUUACACGAGUACACGCUAGAUGGCAGGUUCGUCGCCCAAUAUGGCGACAAAUACGCUCAGGAAAAUCCUUUUGGAGUUGUAGUUACUAGUCGUAAUAAAUGUGUCGUAUCCGGAAUGUCUAAAAACCGAAUUCUUAUUUUCAAUGACCGUAGGAAGCAGACACACUGGUUUGGAGAAGCUGGUGAUACCUUGGAGCAUUUUCUCUUCCCGUAUUACGUCACAGUAAAUAGCCGUGAUGACAUCAUUACCUCAGAUAGUGGAAAUCACAGGAUUAAGGUCAACAAAAUGGACGGAAAGUUGAAAUUUUCAUUCGGAUCGCAAGGCUCAAAGAAUGGAAGUAUGUUUUACCCUAUGGGUGUGUGUGUUGACUACUUGGACAACAUUUACGUCGCGGACGCAAACAAUUACAGGGUACAAAUGUUCUCACACAAGGGUAAAUAUCUUGCCACACCAAUCAAAAGUACUUUUACAUUCGGCAUGGACGUUAAACCAAUCAACAUAGCGUUCUCAAGGGACCAGCUCAUUGUAUCUCUACGCGGGGCAAGAUUUGCCGAGAUUCAAAUUUUCGAGUGGGACCCUUCCAUAUAUGCUGAUCCACCGUCAACACUUUUACGGUGCUGUGGGUUAUAUAAUAAAGUUUCUGACAGUGGAGUGUAUCACGCUUGGUCCUGACUUUUCUUUUCACAUCUUGUCUCUCUUUAACCCUCGUGUUACAGCCCUUUUCUGAAUUGCUAAUGGUCGGUUUGAAACAACCACAACUAACACAGUUGGCGUUACAGUCAGUUUAAUACUCAACCCUGUUUUGAUUUAAAUCUCCAUUUUACACUAAAACCUUUGGUUAAUUUUCGAUGAAAAUACUUGAAUAUAAUAAUCCCAAUCAUUUAUAAUAAGACAUUUUUUUCUGAUAAAAUAUUGUGACUCAUAUUUGAAAAAAAAGAAGAUUUUAUAUUCACAAUCAGGUGCUUUUGUUUUUUAUUAUUCAAAUCAUCAGAAUCAUGCUGCAUAUCAAAUCAACAUAUUUCAAUGGCUGCAAUCUUAACUUUAAGGCUUGUUUCUAAUUGGGAUAAUCUUGUUCAAACAGACGCUUGAUUGAUUACAUUGUAAUUCAUACUCGGUCCAUAAGGGUCCAAGUGAAUAAGACUACAUGUAUAUUAAAAUGACAUCAAACAAAUAAGACUACUCUAAUAUGACCUACAAGUAAGUUUUUGUUUUAGCAUUAAUAUAGAUCUAUGGAAAAUACCGAUAAAAAAUAAGCCAUACAGAUAGGUCCGAAAGGUUACCGAUUUGAAAAUACAUAACCUUUUAAUAUAAAGAUAUCUUACAAAAUAAAAAAAAAAGAUUGUUUUACUAUAUACGAUGAAUACUUUCGAAAAUGUACAAAUGUGUUUUAUGGAUGGUUUACAGUGAAGAGUUAACACAAGUGUUACCGUAUAAACCAUAUUGUUAGGAAACAAAAUACGCAGAUUUUACAAUACCUUAUAUACCAAAUCUGUUGUGAGAGUUAGAACAUACGGAAAUUAAGAAUUGAUCCGUUCCACACGAACAAAAACCCCAUAGCUAACGCUGUUAUGAUAAGGGAAAGAAGAAACAAAAACCUGACGGAAUAUCAGCAUACAAGGCUACAAAACAGGUUGUAAGCAUAUUAAUAAAUGGAGAGAUAUAUCACAAGGAUCUUACCUACAUGUUAUGUCGGUAAUGUUAUAGAAGACAGAAUACAGUUCGCCGUCUGGCCGGUAAAAUUAUUUAUUUAUCCAGAAAGGAACUCAUGUACAGCGAAAGUAUCUAAAUUACGAAUCAUAAUAGUUUAAACAAGUUGCUGUAAAGAAUGAAAAAAAAAAUAUGUCAACCUUUCAGUUUCAUUUCAACAUGUAGAAUUACAUCUCCCUACAUAAUUCCCAUGUCAACACGAGUUACUUCCCUUAUACUAUCACCCGACCUGCUUGAAUGCCUAUACCUUAUUAACAAAAAUUGUCUCAGCUGUGAUAGUGACUCUUGGAGUGUCGAUAUAUAUGGAGUAUUCCACAUUUUUGAAUAUUUCUGCAUGACCAAGUGUGGUUCAGAUGGUGAACCUUUGCUUUUUGUAUCAUUUGGGAAGAACAUGUAUAAAAUGAAUUA